AUUAUGCCUCAAAAUAGUGGCUUGCCUUCGACCCACCGAGAGACGGAGAGAGAGAAUGGGGCUGCAGUGGGUGAUUUUGGCGGGGGUGGUGGCAAUGGAGGCCGCGGUCGCGGUGCUGCUGACUCUCCCCGCCCCGCGUCUCGUCAAGUCGCGGAUCGUUGCCUUGGCGUCGCUCCUCCUUCAGCCCGGAGCCAGUAUCCUCCCUUUCGCGGCCUUCCAGUUCUUAGAUUUGCGUUGGAAGAACGAGCAUCGGCUGAUGUGUACCUUCGAGGUCUGUACCACCGAAGAGAGGACUCGAUACGAGAAAUCCAUAUUUAAAGCACAGAGAAACGUCAUUCUAUGUGUCUCAGCAUGUCUCCUUUACUGGUGUAUCUUUCGUAUUUGCAAAUACCACAAAGAGAUUAGGGAAUUGGAAGAAGUUGAGAAGCAUCUGAAAGAUCAGUAGCCAUACCAUGUCUGAUGAUGUUUAAAUUACAUGAAGGUUAGAUUGUUGGUGAGUGAAUGGACAAUUUUAUAAUGUAAGAGUCGAUGAAGCUUUGAUGAUUGCUAUUCUCCGCAGAUAGGUUUUCGAACUGGUGUUGGUUGUCGUUCUUGUUCUCUUCAUGUACUUGAAUGACUUAAUAUGAAAACCAUGAUUUGAACUUGCAUAAAUGCAUUUCAUAUCUCCUGAAAAAUAUUGUAAAGAACAGCUGCAGAUUGAUCUUCUUGAUAAAAUUAUGAUCAUGAUUUAUGUCUGUUA